ACUUGUUCAACUUGCGAAGUUUGGGCCUUCGCACGUGAAUCCAAGCGGUCACCCAUCGGCGGGGCAUGGAUCCUUGUGCGGAGGGGAGCAGCAUUGUUACUGCCAUCACCAGACGGUGCCAGCUCGGUGUUGGGUAUCAGAGAGGCUCCAUCGACUCCUCUUCUGCACUGAGCUGCCCAUUCAACCCGUCUAUGGAGCACAGCAUCCUCCACUGGAUCCCCGCCUCACCAAAAACUUCAUCAAGGACCGCUCCAAGGCCAACGCGCUGCCUAUGAAGAACAAGAAGGCCUCCAGCUUUCACGAGUUUGCCCGCAACACCAGCGACGCCUGGGACAUCGGUGAUGACGAAGAUGAGGACUUCUCCUCCUCCUCAUCUUCUUUGCAAACUCUGAACUCUAAAGUGGCCAAGGCCACAGCAGCCCAGGUUCUGGAGAACCACAGCAAGCUGCGGGUGAAACCGGAGCGGGUUCAGUCUGCUCUCGGCAAUGUGCCCACCAACUGCAAGGUCAUCAAAUCCAGCAGUGAGGCCCAGCUCUCCAGGACAUCGGAGGAGGCCUGUGUGCGGACCCCCCUUCAGAAGCAGCAGUCCCUUCCCCUUCGGCCCGUCAUUCCACUCGUCGCCCGUAUCUCUGAUCAAAAUGCUUCGGGUGCUCCCCCUAUGACAGUGAGGGAGAAAACCCGCCUGGAGAAGUUUCGGCAGCUCCUUUCCAGCCACAACACGGACCUGGAUGAGCUGAGGAAAUGCAGCUGGCCUGGGGUGCCAAGAGAGGUCCGGCCCGUGACGUGGCGUCUCCUCUCAGGUUAUCUCCCCGCAAACAUGGAACGGCGAAAGCUGACUCUGCAGCGUAAGCGGGAGGAGUACUUUGGCUUCAUCCAGCAGUAUUACGAUUCCCGGAAUGAGGAACACCAUCAAGACACCUACCGACAGAUCCACAUUGACAUUCCAAGGACCAACCCACUCAUCCCGCUCUUCCAGCAGCCACUUGUCCAGGAGAUCUUUGAAAGAAUCCUGUUUAUCUGGGCCAUCCGACACCCAGCCAGCGGCUAUGUGCAGGGAAUCAAUGACCUGGUCACUCCGUUCUUUGUUGUGUUCCUCUCUGAGUAUGUUGAGGAGGACGUGGAGAACUUUGAUGUGACGAACCUGUCGCAGGAUGUUUUACGGAGCAUCGAAGCUGAUAGCUUCUGGUGCAUGAGCAAGCUGCUGGAUGGGAUCCAGGAUAACUACACCUUUGCACAGCCAGGGAUCCAGAAGAAAGUCAAAGCCCUGGAGGAGCUGGUCAGCCGGAUCGAUGAGCAGGUACAUAAUCACUUUAGGAAGUACGAGGUCGAAUACCUGCAGUUUGCCUUUCGCUGGAUGAACAAUCUGCUCAUGAGGGAGCUGCCUCUUCGCUGCACCAUCCGCCUCUGGGACACCUACCAGUCGGAGCCAGAAGGCUUCUCCCAUUUCCACCUCUACGUCUGCGCCGCCUUCUUGAUCAAGUGGCGGAAGGAGAUCCUGGAUGAGGAAGAUUUCCAAGUGAGUCCUGGGGGCGAUUCCCUGGGAGGGGGAAAUCGCUCUGGUUGGGAUUCCAGCAUUGACGCAGUUGACCAUCAUCCCAAAGCUGGCUCCGAGAGCAGCCAGUCCCAGGAUCUUUGCCUGAAGGGCCUUCUGAUGUUGUUACAAAACCUGCCCACGAUACACUGGGGGAACGAAGAAAUCGGACUCCUGCUGGCGGAAGCCUACAGACUCAAGUACAUGUUUGCGGACGCCCCCAAUCAUUACCGCCGAUAGGUGCCAGGACUCGACUUCCUCCUCUCACCCCCCGGGUGCCCACCCCUUCCUCCUCCUCCUGGCCCGAUCUGAUCACUGUGGCAUUUUUUUUCUUUUGUUGUCCCCAAGUCCUCGGAGUCACCGGGAGCUGCUCCUCGCUGUACAAAGCUCACAUUGACUCUUGUCUUAACUUCUGGAACGUGUGCCUGGCUGCCACUCCAUCCGCCUGGAUGUGCCACUUCCAACCACCCCCAGUAUUUCACACCUUCCCCCACCCUGUGGCUCCAGAGAGGCCUGAAGGGGCCUAGGGGGAAGGGGGGACAUGGUGGGGCAGCUUUACUUAUAAACUGAGCCGAGGACGAAGCCUUCCUUGUCCUCUCCACCCUUGUCCGGCUGGGACCACCUUU